AUGGAAAUCCCUGGGGCGGGCUACGGAGGGGCGUGGUCAGAAGCGCUGAGGACCGCAGUCAAACAACUCCCGCCACCCUCGCCCACGCAGUACCUCCUAGAGCCCUUCGGCUCUCGGUGUGCCCUGCCCCCUAUCGGUCAUGUACCCGAGCAGCCGGGAACAACAGCCCAAGAGCCCGCGCCCCCGCCCCGCUUCCGGAUUCUCGUCAAAUCCCACCUUCUCCAGGAAGACUUGGCGCAACCUACUUCUAAAAGCAAGCGGGAAAGACCGCGCGGGGGCGGGGUCUCAGAGACUGGCGUCCGGGGGCGGGACCACCAGGGCGCCAUUGUGACGCACACGGAGCGUACCCGGGCUUGGCCACCCAGGCGCAAGGGCGGGGACGGGGCGUGCCUAGCGACCCACUGCACGGAGGGGAGCUGUGGGACGUGGGCGAACCCUUGGGAAAGAAGAGGCUUCAGUGGCACUGACUCGGAGGGUCUCCCAGUGAGCUCAAAGAAUGUCGAGAUUGAAGACUAG